UAAAGAAGGAGUCUCCGAUGGAGAGUACAACUGUCGAAACAGUCGAAGGGCUUAUCAUCUUCAGAUGAUCCCAGAGUCCAACACCAGUUCUUCUUGAAGCUUGGAGAAAUGCGAGCGUAUGGCAACGUCUGUCAUCAAUCGGCUUGCCAAAGAAGAGCUGUAUGCUUUGCACCAAGGGGCUGCGGCGACUCGCUGAAAACUCUCGUUGCUUCGAUACUUGCAUUAUUUUAUAUAGCUUUUUCCCUUUCGAAAGGAAAAAAGGACACUGCUUUUUUGCUGGUGUUCCCUAGACAUCUGCCAGAAUUCUUACGGAUCCCUUAUGAUCUGCCAGGGGAGCAGCCUUCUGAUGGGAGGAGGCAGAGUGCCGAAGGAAAAGGUGCACGCAAGGGUUCACAAUUGCUCUGUGCGCGAUGCGGUAGCGAGAUCGUCGACAACCCUGAGAUUGUUGACAACCCUGAGGACAAGAGUUCAAAGUCAAAGAAGGAGAACAUCAGAUUUGCCGUGCGAAGUGUCAGAGACUCGCUUACGCUGAAAAAGUACAAGGGCAAAAAAGGGGCCUCAAAAAAACUUAGUUCAGACGAUCCACCGGCACCAUCGAUCCCUGAAAUGGAUCCGCCGAAUCCUGAAAUGGAUCCGCAGAAUCCUGAAAUGGAUCCGGCAAUGGAUCCGUCAAUUCCUGGAAUGGAUGCACCAGUUCAGAAGAAGCCUGGUACAGUUAAGGACGGAAAUAAAACCAAGUAUCAUUGCAGAGUGAUUGAGCACAGCAAUGAUCCCAGAAUAGGAAAGUAUGUGUCAAGAUCUCAACUAGAGGUGGUACUAUUGGAGUAUCCAGGUGUUGUCACUAUUUCAAGCUUAAACCCUGCUCUUCCCCCAGCCAACAUCAGGUGGCACCACCUUUCAUGGCUGCUCAAGAUGUUGGAGGAGAUCUUUGAUGCAAGACAUGGAGAAGAGAUGAAGCUCUUGCAAUCUCAGUGGAUGGAUGAAUUCGAAGAUGCGAUCGCUGAAGCUGUAUGCGAUGAGGAGGAGGACUGGGAGGUUCAUUGUUCAGAGCCAGCUGAUCGACCAAUGACUGUCUUUGUGCACUGCUACUUCCUUGAGAAGUAUGGUUUGCGACAACUGGCUGAUCGGACUUUCUGGGAACUGAUAUGUAAUGCAGAUGCAGCCCGGAAAAGGCGUGUUCAUCCAAUGGCUGACCUGUUUUGCGCGUUCGUAAGUGGCCAGCUGGGCACGGAGGAUCUCUCUUUCUUUCUAUUCUGCAGGCAUAGGAUUCUGAAGGAAAUUCAGCGCUCCGUCCCCAUUCCAUUUCCCCCAUUACCGGUGCCUUUCUUAGGGGCCUUGCGGCACUACUUAUGGCAUCAAAGGAGGAAGCGAGACAUAACGCGAGCAAAGUUGAGGAGUGCCGACCAACAAUUUGAGGUCGGCGAAGAGGGAGGGGGAGGAGAAGGAGGAGGAGGAGGAGGAGGAGGAGGAGGAGAUGGGGACUGGGAAGGGGCUGCUGAACUGUUCGAGGAUUUAGCACCGCAAUUGAAGAUCGUGAUUGGACAAGAAAAGAGUCUUGCUCACUCCCGACUGCAACCCCGACAAUGCUUUCAAAUUGCCAAGUCAAUUUUUGGAGGGUAUCUCUCCUCAAAGAUCCUUCUAGAUAAGGUGCUACAGGGUGUUCGACUAUACUAUAUGACAGACAUUGUAGUAAACGAUGAUUGCUGCAAACGCCGAAAGCGGAAAAAGGAAAUCCCAGCAUACAAGUUUUUGCAGUUGGUGAUGGAUGCCCUGCAAGAAGUAACCUCUCAGAUACCGAAGGGUCAUAAAAGGAGGGACACGAGGAGUCGAAAAGAGGACGAGAGGCAACAGAACCAACGGGACAAGCGUGUGAAACAGACCCCUCCUGCAAAACAGACUGCUCCAGCGAAACAGACCCCCCCACCAAAACAGACUUCUGCAAAACAGACUACCCCAGCAAAACCUAAGAAGGAUACGACCAGUGGAGAAGAAAGCGGCGAUAAAGAGAAGUGGCAUGAUGCUGCAGAGAAUACGGCCGAGUCUGAUUUCUUUUCGACGAUCUCAGAGGAGCAGUCUCCAACGUCAAACGACAAGGACUUCAUUGAUCUGGAGAGUCCGGAAGAGGACGACGGGGGGUCACGCGCACCAAAAAGGAGGAGCUUUGGAGAGGGCCACACCGACUCCGAUGGCGUUACACUUGGGCGCAAAGAUGAACAUACUUUCUUUCAAAAGCAUCGUUCCCAUCGGCAAAAGAGAGGAAAGAGCGCUGGAGGUAACAAAGACCCCAGCGCCAAGAGCAGCUCCUCCACUGCCUUCCUGACUUCUGUCGAAAGCCAAGAGAAGUCGGCAAAUGCAACCGCAAAUCCGACGAGGACUAAAAGCGGCGACACUUCCAAAAGUUUAGGAAGUGCUAAAGGUGGUAGUGCAUACAGAGGUUCAGGAAGCGCAAAGGAGCGCAAACUGAAAGCGGAAGGCGGACGACCCCUCUUGGCCAAGCAGGGCGCUGGGAAAGGCCAGCCGAAUGUGAAAAGCAAUCGUGCAGGCGAAUGCGGAGACCCGAACGACAAAAUGAAAUGCCUGAAGCGAUUCAUGUGCAAGAGAUUGCAUGCAAACUGCAAGAUGUAUGCCCAUACACUGUUGCAGGAUGCGCAUUUGUCCCAGGAUCAGCUUCAGCAAAUUAAAACACAGGUAACUCGCAAAACAUUCAGAAGUGCCAAACACUUGCUGCAUGGCAUUUUCAGCAAGGUCAUUUCCAGGUCUGCGGACUCCGACGUGCCGUCAAAGUCUGCAAAAGCGGGAGAGCAUAGUACCACGAUGUCCAGCCAUCUCCGGAUCGUCCAUUCGAGUCUUGCAAAGCUGCUCUCUGAGUAUCGGAAGGGCAUUGAGCCUACACAGACGACUGUGGAUAUAAUUUGCCGAGAGACACUAUCGAUGCCUGCCCUCCGACAUGAGAUCGAGCCCAUGGCAAAGAUGCUGAUUUCCCAAGCGGAGCGUCCCAAAGUGGUUGGGUGAUGAGAAAGUGUGAGUGUCUAAUCUCUCUCUCUCUCUCUCUCUCUCUCUCUCUCUCUCACGCACACACACACACACACACACACAUACACACACACACACACCCAUUGUCGCCCAUCGAGCUUGUUGCACCCUUAUCACACUCCCAAAUGAAUCCACUUCGACACA